UAAAGCCCUGAGGUGUGUCGAUAGAGCAGUCUUUCUUAUAAAAAGGGACUGACUCCAAGUGACUCCUUGUCUAUCGUUGGUGCGUCUCUCGUACGAAACCAACAUGGGAAAGACGAGCUCAAUGUGGGCCUUGCUCCUCCUCGUCCCAUGUGUCCUUGCAGGACCCAUUCUACAAAACUCUUGCGCUACGGAAUGCCGAUCACCAUUGAAUCCAAAAUUCCGUUAUGCCGCUGGCCAGACCUACACUUACAACUUCCAAGCAAGAAGCAAGACCUGGAUGAUGGGAACUUCAGAUGAUGAAGCUGUCCUUGAAGUCAAAGGCCAGGCUCUUGUCACUUUCCGUGAUUCCUGCGACGCCGUUCUCCAGCUCCGACAAGCCACCAUAAGCGGCUUGGACGAGAAGGUGGAAGCCAUCGAACUUGAGAAGAGACCUCUUUCCUUCUCUUGGCAAGAUGGUACGGUUGACUCGCUGUGCCCUGAUAAGGAAGAUCCCGUCUGGGUGGUCAACAUUAAGAGGUCUGUCCUCUCUAUGUUGCAACACACCGCCCAGUUCCUCGAAGUCCCCGAAACUCACGUCAUUGAGAGUGACGUGAUUGGUCGUUGCCCCACCGAGUACACCGUUGAAGGUACUGGCAAUUCGAUCAAGGUGACCAAGACCAAGAUCCCCAACCAGUGCAGCUUCCGUAUUGACCGUCAAUCAUCUAUCCCUACCGUCUCCUACAAUGUUCCUGCCGAAAUCCAGACCAUCCCCUUGAUGAACUCUACCACCAUUUGCGAAAUGCAAAUCAAGGAUAAUGUCAUUGAAAAAACCGAAUGCCGUGAGUCUCAUCUUUUCCGUCCCCUCUCAUCUGAGGAAGGAGGUGCCCGUACCGAAGUCACGUCUUCCGUCUCUUUGGUCUCUACCACCAACGCCGGCGCUGCCGCUAAGCUGUCAAGCAACCGCGUUUCCAGCACCUUGAUUUUGGAUCCCCGUGGUGUUCAGCUUGAAUUCCAGGAUGCCAAGGAUGUUAACUUGGUCGUCCGCAACAUCUGCCAGCAACUUGCCGGUGAUGCCCCACCAAAGUUUGUCUCUCAACUCUUCACUGAGUUGGUUCACUCUUUGCGCAAGGCCUCCGUCAGGGAUGUCAAGACCGCUUACAACAAUCUGCGUGGCAAGAAGAUCUGCCCUGAAUCUACCAAGACCGAGAAACUUUUCUUGGAUGCUCUUCCUCAAGCCGGAAACACCGCUUCCAUCUCUUUGAUGGUCGAUAUCCUCAAGGAGAACAAGUUGAGCGCUCGCCAAGCCCUUGGCUGGUACCUGUCCAUGCCCCUUGCCAAGUUCGUUGAUCUCGAUUCCAUCAAGGCUGUUCUGCCUUUGAUCGAGACUGCAUCAAGCUCACCCGUUGCUCUCCUCGGUUUGACUGGCUUGGCCCGUCGCUACUGCAGCGAAAACGUCGAGCAAUGCCAGACCAGCCCCGAAGUCCUUCAAUUCUCUACCAAGUUGAGCAAAAUGCUCGGCAACAGGUGCAGAGCUGACGCCAAGGAAGAAGUUAAAAUCAUCUCCGUUCUGAAGGCUCUUGGUAACUUGGGUGUCAUGGCUGCUGAAGUCCGCACUGUCGUUGCCGAUUGCGCUAAGGAUUCCAAGCUGCCCGCUACCAUUCGUUUGGCCGCCAUCGAGGCUUCCAGGAACAGUCCUUGCGUGAAACAGGUGAAGGAUAACUUGUUGAACAUCCUCGAAGAUAAGAAUGAAGAGGCUGAGAUCCGUAUUGCCGCCUACCAGGGCGUUAUGCGCUGCGCUUGCUCGCACUCUCUCCUCCGCAUUCAGAAUGUUUUGAAUGCCGAAGAAGUCAACCAGGUUGGUAGCUACAUCAGCAGCCACUUGCAAAACAUCAGGUUGAACCCUAAUCCUGGCAAGGAGAGGACUCGUCAAUUGGUCAAGAAAUUGAGCUUUGACAAAUCUUUCCCGGCUGAUUUGCGCAAAUUCUCUCGCAACAUGGCCGUUUCGCACUUUUGCAACAUUAACAACGCCGGAUGGGAUAUCGACACCAACAUCAUCUAUGCUCCCAAAUCCUUCAUUCCUCGUUCAGCUUCUAUGAACUUGACCCUAGACCUUUUCGGCCAAUCCGUCAAUCUUUUCGAGGUUGGUAUGCGCGCUGAGAACUUGGAACGCCUUUUGGAGGCUUACUUGGGUCCCGAUGGUGUCGUUGACAAGGAAGGAGUUUCCGGACUUUUGGAGAAGACCAGCGACUCAGUUAGUCAGUUUGGUGAGGGCAUUUGGAGCCGUGUGGCUUCCUCCACCCGUUCCAAGCGCGCUAAUAUCAAGACCAACGAGCUCAGCAACUUGGACAAGAUCGUUAACUUGAAGGACAAACCCGCCAACAUCAAGUUGGACGCUUUCCUGCGCGUCUUCGGCUCAGAGAUUGGCAUGUUCGCUUACCGUGGAUCCGGCAACAGCCAGUCCAAAUUGGAACUUAUGGAGGGCAUCCAGUCUCGUAUCGCUAACGCCUUCCGUGACCUGAUUGAAGGAGCUAAGCGCGUCGAAAUUGACGUUGCCCGCUCAGUGAUGUUCCUCGACACUGCCGCCACUUUCCCCACUGUUGCCGGUUUCCCUCUCCGCUUGGCCGUCAAUGGAACCAGCACUGUUGGUCUCGGCCUAGAGAGCCAGAUGGACCUGCCCGCACUCCUCAAGGAUCCCCUCAACGCCAACAUCAAGUUGAAGGUGAACCCCUUGGCCGUGACUGAGCUGUCCGCCUCCAUGACUGUUGACAUCGCCGUCGCCAAGACUGGUAUCAAGAUGGCCGCUACCAUCCACUCUUCAAUGGCUGCAGAUUUCACCGCUCGUGUCCAACAGGGCUCCACCGUUGAAGUCAAGCUGGACCUUCCCAAGACUAAAAUGACUCUGAUUGACUUCAAGUCCGCCAUUUUGCUUGUCCAGCAGACUACCGACAAAGCUGAGCGCAACAAACCCGUCAAGAUUGUCAACGAAGCCACCUACGCUCGCGGUGGAUGCUCUGAUCGCAUGAGCGCCAUCACUGGUAUGCGCUUGUGCGCUUCUUCGUCCGUCUCUAUUCCUCGCCCGUUGUCCGACUCUUCCAAGGAUCCCGCUCCUGCUUUUCCUCUGAGCGGCUCUGGCUCAUUCGCCAUUGUCUUGGAGAAGACCGAACCUACCAUGAAGGGUUACAUUCUCUCAGCCACCACCAGCCAAGAGGGACCGAAAGCCACUUCCUUCUUGAUGACUUUCGAUACUCCCGGCUCCAAGACCAACCGUAAGGUUUCCGUCAAGGGAUUGUUGACUUCUGCCCCUACCAUGACCGUCAAGGUUGACUCCAAAGCUCCAUGGGGCAAUUUGGCCGUUGAGGCUGAAAUGGUCAACGAAGCUGAUGUCAAGUCAGUGCUGUUGAAGGUUCUCACUCAAGAGAAGCGCGAAUAUUACGGUAAAGUCAAUGUUGCCGUUACCCGUGAGGAUCGCAAGUACUCGCUUGCCACUACCGUCGAGGCCGGCUGGCCCCAACAGGCCCGUGCCAUCAUCUUGGAGGGAGGUUUUGGUCAUGAAGUUGGCCGAGCCGUCGAGUUGAGCCUCAAGCCUAGCGGUCCCUACGCCAAAAUGCCAUGGGCUUUCCAGGUGACUGUUGGUCGUGAAUUCACCGCCACCACCCAGAAGGUUUGGUUGAACAACUUGGAAAUGACCACUCCUAUUGGCAAAGCUCUUUUGUCCACCGAAAUCAGCCGCCAAGAUAAGAACCUCGUUGCCGCCUUCAACAUGAAGUACGGUACCGAGCAGAAGAUGAACGCCGUCAACUUCAACGGACACAUCCAAAGUGCUUCCCAGUCAGACAAGUCUAUCUCCUACAAGACUAACGUUUUGUACAAGUCUAGUCGCUUCCCCGCCAUGAACGUCGACCUCAAGUGGGACAUUAUCACCUCACCUACGAUGUUGAGCAACGUUUUGGUUUUGGUGCACGGUCCGGAAGUCGAUCAUUCGACCAACAGACUUUACAUCAACAAACAAGUCCAAAUGAAGGGAUUCGGCACCAAAGAUUUCGUUUUUGACAACAAAUUUGAAGUGACCUACCCUCGUUACGCCUUGAACCUUAAACUGGAUCAGGCUGUCAAGAUUGACCAACGCCUCAUCAAGGGAGUGAUGUCAGUCCAGAUGGACAAUGUCAAGGUUGUCGACAGCGAAUUGGCUUUGGUUAUCGCUCCCAAGGAUCCCAAGAACCUCUACGAGCUCACCGCCAAGUUGGCUUAUCCUGGUCGUACCUUCAGCUUGGUCGACACCGGUAAGAAAAUCGACAGCAACAGCUUCUCCGUGUCUCCCGUUCUCGAAAUCCAACCCGGCACCAAGAUUGAACUCAACGGCAAAGCUUCUCUGAUCAGAGAUCAAAAUGGCAUGUCAGCCAACAUGGACUCUGAAGUCCGCAUCCGUGGAUUCAACAGCCCCAUUAAGGUCAGCCACAGCUUCCAGUAUACCGGAGAUAUGUCUUCGAUGACUACCACCAACAAGGUCGAAUGGGCCGGUCAGCCCCAACUCGUCCUCGACGGUAAACUCUUCUUCCGCACCCGUAAGAUGCCCGCCGUUGAGCUGGCUUUCUUGUGGAACAACCGUUUGGAUGCCAAAAUGGAAGCCCGCCUGUCCAGAGCCGAAUCCAAAAUGGAUUUGGAUAUGAACUUGAUCCGCCUCCAGAGACGCGUUAAAAUCAACAGCCAACACAAAUUCUUGGGAGAUUCCAGCUCUGGUUCUCUCAAUGUUGCCUGGGACGCCGAUAGAGAUUCCACCAAGCAAGUCGGAGUUGAAGGAUCCUUCACCCUGUCAUCGGCUCAACGCUUGGUUGAUUUGAAGGCUACCGCCAACGUUGAAAGCCGUGUCUACUCCUUGGGUUUCAACGGCAAAUUGGGAAGCGCUGAUUUCACUAACGGUGACCACACCGUUCGUAUGGAACUCCAGUUGCCGACUACUAAGAAGAUGUCGAUGACCAUGAACCUGUCUAACGUUUACCAAGCUAGAACUUUCAGCAACCGCUUGGAAGUUGAAACCCAAACCUCUACUGGUAACACAUACCAGAUUAACUUGGGCAACAAUGUCAACGACUGGGACCGCAACAUGUACACUUACAACGCUAACACCGACGUCUCCAUCAAGGGCACUGGUAUUGAGGAUAUCAAGUGGAGAUUGGACAGCAAGCGUAUGGUUAGAUCUGACAAACGCAAUGUUGAAUUCAAGAGCUUGCUCAUCGCACCCAAGUGGGGCCAAAACAUCGAUAGCUCCAUUACCGUCGAAGUAACCAAGGAUUCCUUCCGUGUUGGUACCAAGUACCAGCGUGGCCCCAUGCUUGUCACUGUUGAUUCGGCCGGUAAGAGGAGUAAUCAAAAUGGCAAAGUGAACGUUGAUGGCUUCAUCGAAGUUAAAGCCCCCAAGACUACCUGGCAACAAUCCAAGAUUGCUUUGGUCUCUUCCUAUGACAUUACUUCCAUCUCAAACUUUGAUAUCAGCGAGAAACUUUCCAUCGAAUACAAGUCAUCCCAAUCCAUCACCCUCGACGCCAAGAUGAAGCUUUCACCAUCAACUGCCGAUUUGAGCUUGAUGUUGGAGACUCCCUUCGAAGUCGCCCGCCGCCAGGGUGUUAUCCUUAGCGGCCGUUUCGAGCCUACCAAUCCUCGCAGCGAAGGUUCUUUGGUUGUCAUGUGGAGUUCCCCAAGCCAACGCCAAGCUCAGGAAGCCCGUGUCGAAUACGAAAUGGAACGUCGUCCCGGUCAGGUGCGUUUCAAGUUGACCACCGCUACUCCCAUCAAGUCCUUGGAAAGCAGCGAAUUGUCUUUUGAUGUCCGCUCACUCGAAGAUAGCCAAAUCUAUGAAAUCGACAUUGUCGCCGGACUUUCGGAAGAUAAAGCCAAAUUGAACGGCAGAAUCAACCUGAACCCUGCUCAACGCGAAGUUGAUGUCACUGUGACCCUGCCCAACUACAACCCUCUGCGUGUCCUUAUCCGUGUUGGAUCUCAGCCUUCUCUUUACACCGUGGAAAACCGCAUCGAUUGGGGAACUGGUACUUUCACCGUGUCAGGCACCACCAAAUUCAUCAACAGCGGUAACUUUGAAGUUCAGAUGCAGAUCCACAGUCCUGAACUCGGUAUCAACAACUUUGAACUGAAGGGAGCCAACAAGAUGGAAAACAACCAGCGCGUCAUUGAAUUCACCGUCGUGAGGAAAUCAUCCACCGUUGCUAGCAUCAAAUCCGUUUACGGAUACAAACAAGACAGCACUGGUGUCCAGAUUACCGGUAGCGCUCAAGUUUCUACCCCCGAAUCUCCAUUCUCCGGAUCAGUCAAGUACUUGAUUGAAAGCAAAAAGAUCGACAGCGCUGACGAUAAAGGUAUCCUGUACAAAAUGGAAAUCGAUGUGACCGCCGACGAAUUCGUCCUGAACAAGGUGAACAGCCACCUCCGAUUGACAACCAAAGAGAAGAGUGGAUCCCUCGUCCUCUGCGCUUCAAGCAAUCAAUGCUACGAAGGAUCUUUCGGCUUCAAGAACUCCGGAAGCAGGACUAUCGUCGCUAAGGAGAUCUACGCUUUGUUGAAGACCAAGAAAAGUGGUGUCGAAGAGGUUCGCGGCAUGCGCGUGAAGCUCUCGUCCAGCGCCACCAAAUUCGAACACACUUUUGAGGUGUUGUUUGAUGAGACCAAGAACCGUCUAGUUGGUUACAAAGUGUACAAGAAGGACAGCGAAUUGGGUUUGGAAAUUUACACUCCCAAGCGCAUCACUGGAGCUGCUCUCGAGAUUGUUAGAGGUAGCGGUCGCCAGGUUAAGAGUCAGUUCAUCCUUACCGUCUGGUUGGAUAAAUCCAAAUCCCCUGAGCGCAAGCUAGUCGUCACUACCACCGCUGAAUCCAACAAGAUGGGCGAUAUGGAGGGAUACUCGACUACCACUACCAUCAAGCACCCCAUGCUGUCCCGUGAACUCGAAUACAAAAUUGAAUUCCACAAGCUCCCAUCAGUGAAAAGCGGUCGUGACCUCGUCCACUUCAAGCUCGAUGCCGACGUUAUGGAUCCUAAACACCAACGCUGGGUCUUCGAAACUUACGUCAAGAACACCCUGGCUGACAAAAAUGGUCGCAACAUCACUGUUGAAAUGGAAUUGCGCAGCGUUGGAGCCCAAUUGUCCGCUCUGCUCACCGUUUUCGGAGGAAGAACUGCCGAAAAUGUCCUAUUGGCUGGAGCUAACUUGAAACUGAAAGAAAAGGAGCGCAUCGAGAAGGAACUUUUCGUUCGCGCCGAUGCUUCUGAAAGCUCGGCUUUCUUGACUCUCGGCAGCCCUGCCAAGCAGAUGACCGUGGAAGCCCGUAUGAGUGUUGAUGACAUUGUCAAUUACAAGCGCCUGCAGUUGUCCGCCUCUACCCGCAUCUUUGGACUGUCACCCACUGUCUACAUCUUGGACAUGAACACUUCUCCCCAUGUUGACAUCCGUGUCUUCAGCAAGGGAUCGCCUGAAAACUACCAUCAGCUCGCUGGAGGUCUUAUGGACGAUCGCCGUUUCGAACUCGCCUUGAUCCGCCAGCUGAACGUCCAGAGAAAAGAGCUUGCUGCCGUCUACGUCACCUUGAACACCUCAAACUUGUUGACUGAACGUAUUACCUGGAAAAUCGAAGAUCUUCGCGCACUCCUCACCACCGUUCGUGCUCGUUCCGAAGCCAUCGUUAGCGAAGUCAGAAGCAUCCGUACUUCAUUGACUCCUGAAUUGAACACUUUCAUGCUUAAGUGGCGCUCUUUCGGAAACUUCAAGAACAUUUACGAGAAGAUGUCCGUCGAUUACUCCAAGCAGUGGAACCAAUUGAAGGGAGAAGUCGAAUCAGACGAAAGCCUGAAAUCCGUUGUUGACCUGAUGGUGAUGAUCAACUCUUUUGUCCAGAAAAUCAGUGAGCGUCUCGAAGCUGUUCUGGAACAAUGGGGAGAUAAGAGCGAAAUGGUCGAAGCUGCCCAGAAAGCCAUUGAGAACGUUAUUGAAACUAUUGGCGAACGUCUCGCCGAACACAUCAAGACUGCCAGAAAGAACGCUUCUCAGCUGUUGGAAGACCUUAUUCGCUAUAUCGAGCAGUGGAAGAUCCAAUACGGUCAGGAGAAAGGCAUUCUCUCUGCAAUGAAGAAUUACUACGAAAUCAAGUCUGAGGAAAUCCGCCAAUACGUUGCCAAGUUCAAGCUUAGCAUCGACGAACGCUUCCGCAAGCUGAUUUCAUGGGUUGAGUCACUGAAGAUUGGCGAUCGCAACGUCCUUGCCAUUUGGAAGGAGGCCAUCUCUAAUGCCAACAUGGACAUCAUCCGCGAGAGAGUUGCCAGCUUUUUGGACGAAACUGUUCUCCUGCCCUCCGAAGAUUUCCUGAAUGAAAUUGUCAAGGCAUACCCCGAAACCACUCGCACCGCCUACCGCUACGGCAAAGUUCCCAUCAGCAAGAUUCGCUUCUACUUGAAAAGGACUAGCCAGCUCACCAAAAAUAUCAGCCAAGCCGCAGAGUCUUCCAUUGGCGACAAGGGAAGCCUUUGGACUUCAAUGAUCGGAGAGGUUGUCGUCUACGACGUGAAAAACGGAGAAAUCAGUUACCAGCUGCCUCUGAGUCGCAAGGUUAACAGCCUACGCGAUCUGCUCAGGGUUUAUGAUAUGGAAUCCUCCCCCCUCAAGGGAUUGGUCAUCUCUUCUUCGUUGAGAUCCAUGUACCGCGAAAUGCGCGCUAAAUACCACCCGGCUUUGGCUUCUACUCGUCUGAAUGGAUAUGCUUCGUUGAUUGGUUCCAAGGGUGUCAUCACCUUCGAUAAAAAAUCAUUCGAUUUGAGCGGCGGCAGCUGCCAAUACUUGCUUGCCCGCGACUUCCUCAAUCAGGACUUCGCUGUAGCCAUCAACUUUGAGCAACCUACUGGCGAUCGUAUCAAGAAAUCAAUCAUUUUCACCGAUGGAGCCGACCAAAUUGAGAUCAAGGAUGAGCAAGUCUUUGUCAACAACAAGCUUCUUGCCGUCGCUCUGCCCGCCAAACUUAAACUUAAAACCAUCACUGUCGAACGCGAAGAAAACAUUGUAACCGUCAGACGCCAUUCAGGUGCCAUUCUUCGCUGCAACGUUGUUAAAGAUGCUUGCACUUUUGAGCUGAGUCCCUUCUAUGCCGGCCGUACUAUGGGUCUUUGGGGCACUUUUAGUAAUGAACACUCUGAUGAUAUGAGCGAGCCCAACGGAAAGAUCAGCAAAGAUAUGAUAAGCUUCGUCAAUAGCUGGAAAAUCAACAAGAGCUGCAAGGACAACGUUCAAACCGUCACCGACUCUCGUCAUGUUCUGUUGCAGUCGAUGUCGACUUCCGGAGUUGAUUCUAACGUUUGUGACAAUCUCUUCGACGACAAGGAUUCCGAUCUGAGUUCCUGCUUCAAGAUCGUUUCUCCUGCUCCUUAUCACGAUCUGUGCCUCAUGUCUGCUUUGAAGGCCAAGAAAUCUGAACCUGCUUUCCAACGUCAUUUGGAAAGCUUGAUCGCUGGCUACCGCGCUACUUGCCAACGAUGGGAUGUUUCUCUGUAAACAUCAAAUGGGAAAACGGCACUAUAGAGAAAAAAUACUUAUUAUUAUAAUACUUUAAAUGUAACAUCUAUAAUUUCGAUAUUGAUUGGAAUACACCAUUUCAAGAUG